AUGCAGAUCCCAGGAAUCGGGGAGAUUUUGGAUGGGCUGCAGCCAUACACGCAGCGCCACCUGGCGCGUCUCGAGCGCGUGCUGCGCAGCUCCUACCUCGUCGACUACACUCUCGCCGCCCUCACCAUGCUACAGCCGACCGCUGACCUGGCAGUGCAUGCUGACCUGGCGCUACAGCCGGGUGCUGAGCUGGCGCUGACGGGCGGCAAAGCCGCCCUGACGCUACAGGCCAAAGCUUCCGCCCAGGAUAGGCCGUCUGGAUUGGAAGUACUGAAGGAGAAGGUGAGGAGGGAGAGUGAGAGGAGGGAAAGAGGUGAGAGGGGGGGAGGGGAGGAGGGGAAGGGAGAUGGGAGUCAGAAGGGAGGAGGGGAGUAUAGCGAGGUGGAUGCUGCUAUGAAGAUGUGGAGAUAUCUAGAGAGUAAGAGAGAGGAGGGGUUGAAGGGGAAGGAGGGUAAGGGAGAUGGAGAGGAAGAGGAGAGGGAAGAUGAGGAAGAGGAGAGGGAGGAAGGAGAGGAGGAAGGGGAGGAUGGAGAGGAGAAUGGGGAAGUAGAGGGGAGUGUGGAGGAAGUGGAGGAUAGUGAAGGGGAGGAGGUCGAGAAAGAGGAGGAAGGUGGGGAAGAGGAAGGAGAGGAGGAAGGGGAGGAAGAGAGAAGAGGCAAGAAGAAGAAGAAGAAGAAGAAGAAGAAGAAGAAGAAGAAGAAGAAGAAGAAGAAGAAGAAGAAGAAGAAGAAGAAGAAGAAGAAGAAGAAGAAGAAGAAGAAGAAGAAGAAGAAGAAGAAGAAGAAGAAGAAGAAGAAGAAGAAGAAGAAGAAGAAGAAGAAGAAGAAGAAGAAGAAGAAGAAGAAGAAGAAGAAGAAGAAGAAGAAGAAGAAGAAGAAGAAGAAGGGACAGGGGAUGAGGAAGAGAGCGAAUCAGAGGAGGAGCAGAAGCACCGUGGCAGGCAGGCAAGAGUGCAAGCCCCGUUGCACAAGGGAAAGGGGGGGGUUGAGAAGCGAAUGA